AUGGAGACCGUCGGUGCGAGCGUACCUGCGGAGGCCCAACGCGACCAAAUAGUAGUGUCCAGGCCCAGUCCCGACUCCGUGGUAGAUGAUGACAGUGAUCGAGAAUCUCGAGGUAGCGUGGCAAGCUCGAGGUCAUCGCCGCCAACCCCAUCGCCGCCAAUUGCACUGCAGGAGAAAGUUGUUCUCAAUGAGCAUGUGAAUAGCACCACUGCACACAAGCGCAAACGAUCUGACAGCGAUCAUCUUGAACACAAUUCGCCACAGCGGCCACUGGCAUGGACUCAAAGAGAGCAAGGGCCAGGCCAUGUCGCCAUUCCGGCCUCAAGCACUUCGAUGACGAGAGGGCCAGGCCCGGGUCAUAUCGUUACUCCGGCCUCGACCACCUCAAUCCAGACUGACACUAGUAUAUGGACGCGUGUGGGGCCAGGGAACAGUCCUCCCACACCAGAUACACCCGGUGCAGUUCACGCAGACGAGGACUGGGAUGUAGAGGACGACGCCGCGGAGUCUACCUAUCGUCAUGAGCCAAAUGGUACAGGGAAAAGGAAGCGAAACUUUUCUCGUAGAACCAAGGAUGGCUGCAAGACUUGUCGAAGACGGAAGAAAAAAUGCGAUGAAGCUAAGCCAUUCUGCGAGAAUUGCGCAAAAUCUGGCAACACCUGCGAAGGUUACGCUCCCAAGGGCUACAAUGGUCGGUCUCUUGCCCAAAAAAUCCCGGUGCCGCUAGUAUCCAAAAGUGCACCACCGACAGAUGUCGCUGACACUGGUCUUCCAAACAUGGUCGGCCGGACCUGGAACGGAGCAGGGUCGAGCGCGAGGGGAGCUGUAACCCAGCAAAAUUACCAACCAAGAUCAAUGCCACACGCGACUGAUGGUGUGUCAAACGGACAGCACGACCAUGGUCCGGCCGCGGGUCUGGAUCAGCAACCGCUAUGGCCACAACAUGGUCCAAGGCCCUCCUCGUCAACAAACGGAUAUACAAAUGGAUAUACAAACGGACAUCUGCCUCCACCGCACCGACUCCAGCGCGGAGAACAUACUGCUAUUUCGUCUCCUGCCCAAGACAUGCGACCAGCAUCGUCAAGACCACCAUCAACAACCUUGCCACCUCUCGCAGCCAUGGCGCAACAGGGUCAACCACCACCUCCACCGACUACAGCAGCUAGCCAUCACUCUGCCAACCCCAACAUAUCACCGCCACCGCCACCUGCCGGACACGUUCACCAGCCCGCACCCCACUCCCGACAGCCGUCCUAUGCUCCGUCUCAUAUGUCGUCUGGUGGAGCUUCUGAGUAUCGUCAUACGCCGCCUGCUUCCGCACCAGUCUCUCGUCAUGGCCGCCACGCGUCUACCUACCACCCAGCUCCACCGUCUGGCAUGUCAUCUCUCAACAGCCCUGCACACACGUCUCAUCCGCCGAUACCCGAGCCCUCACCGAUCAACGCCGCCUUCAACGCAAGUGCUGGGACGUCGUCGGGCAGCGGUUCUCUUCCUCCUAUUCUUCCUCCUCCUCCAACCUCGCAGUUUCUGCCUACUGCCCAGUACGAGAUCGCAAAGUCUCGUAUGCUGCGUGGCGCGCCUUAUAAUGCCCUUGACAACUACCUCAUGGCCGAAAGACAACGCUGUGAAGCUGCCUGCGAGCGCUUCAACAACAAACUGAAAGAGAAACCCCUGAACGCCCAAGCUCGCGCGGCUCAUGCUUCUGUUACUGGCUCCUCAGCUUUUGGCAGUGAAAGCGGCCGUUCGCCGUCACGCUUCACCAAUGCGAACGACGCGCUUAUCGCGAUUGUGGAUCCCACAGCAGAUCCAUCGUCCGGUCCACAUGUGAUCCCCCAGAAAGGGAUCCUCACCUAUGGUGUUGUUGUUGACACCGGAUUCCAAUGCUCGUAUGGCUAUAACUUGCGACUGAUGGAGAGCUGUUAUAUACGACGAGAUGUGUUUAUUGACGAUUCAGCAGUCGUGGAGAUUGGCGCGCGUUGUGUUAUUGGUACAGGAACGCGAAUAGAAACGAGCAGUCCGUGUCUCGAGCGCGUCGCACGCGAUGGCGCUAACACCGAGAUGGUUGCCAAACCUGUGAUCAUAGAAACGGAAGUGAUUGUUGGUGGUGGUUGUUUCAUUAUCGGUGGAGUACGCAUUGGAAAAGGCGCGACUAUCAAGCCGUUCUGUAACGUUGACAGAGAUGUGCCCGAUGGCGUCGUCUUCGAGUGGCGUAAGAAGCUAGGGAGAUGUGGAUGGGCAGAAGAGGAGGAAGAAGAGGAAAGCGAACAAACGCUGGAAGAUAGGCUCGUGGGGUUUUCGAAGCACGACAAGGACGAAGCAAUUAAUUGGGUGGUCGAGAUCCUGGAGCAGAAAGAGAAGAGGCGGCGUGAGCAGAGGAAAGAGGAAAGACGAGAGGAGCGUGAACGUAGGGAGAUGGAGAGGGACGCUCGAGGCGGUGGCUCGCUGACGCAGGCACAAAGCUACCCUCAUCUGCCACCACCGCGCCAAAGUGAGAACGAGAUGAGGGCGUGGGAGGUAGAACGAGAGCGAUCUCGUGCAACGGAGGCCGCCCAGCAAGCGCCGGCACGAGACCCUCGCGAUGAACGAUGGGGCGAGCAGCACCGCGAGCUGACCCAUGAGCAUCGGCGGCAUGAGCAUGGUGGUGAUGAUGAGCACGAAUACUAUCGUGCCUGA